AUGCCCCUUGGUGGGCUCGUAGCUGUCAAAGUGAAUUGGGCCACUGUGUAUUACAUUCAUGCAAUCGCUUGUGGAUUUCUCACGAUACUAUGGGCGCUAUACUACAGAGACAAAGCUUCAACGCAUCCAUUCGUACCUGACAUCGAACUGAGACGAAUCACUUAUGGAAAAGAGCCCGUGGAAGGAAAUCUAAGGCCUCCAUUCCGUAAAAUCUUCCGAUCACCGGUCAUUUGGGCUAUUUGGUUGGCAGUGAUCGGCAAUUUUCUGGUUGCUAAUUUUCUAAUCUCCUAUUCACCUCUGUAUUUCUCCUAUGUUCUGAAAUUUCCUACCAUAACUGGAGCCUUUCUAACAAUGAUUCCGUUAGGAGCACAGCUAGUGAUAAAGUUAGUGACCGGCUUGGCUUCGGAUCGUCUCUACUGCCUAUCAGAACUGAGUCGACUUCGUCUGUUCAGUUCAUUGUCGCUUCUCGGCUCCGGUCUCUUCUUUAUUGUCCUGGCUUUGUUUUCUCCUACCGAUAACAUAGCUGACAUCAUACUAAUCAUGAUUCCAAUAAUAUUGGUUGCUUUCACAGCAGGCGGAUAUCCAAAGUGUGCUGUGAUGGUCUCACGACAGUACACUCCAUUUGUUAUGUCAAUCGUUCAGAUUGUCGCAGGCUGCUCACUAUUUUGUGGAGCAUUCCUCGUACCAGCACUUGCUCCAAUGACUCCACAAGACACUUUUCACGAUUGGCGGAACGUAUUUCUCAGCUAUGCUAUCGUGUUGACCCUCACAAACACUAUCUUCGUCAUUUUUGCCAGGUAUUCUUGA